GUUUAUACUGUCUGAAAGCAGAUGGAAGCUUCUGAUAUAGGCAUCUUAUUAUGCUAUCAGGAAGUGUUAGUUUGAGACUGAAUUUUGGCAUAAAGAAUUAAGUGUCUCAACUGAGGGUAUACAACAUGGAGGCCAAGCGAUUGAAGAGGGAUGUUAAAACUUUGCUUGGUGAAUAUAUUGGACAGCGACUCAGAGAAAAUGGUUUUGAUCCAAAAGGGAAAAGCACUUUUACAAUGUUAGAUGAUUUGGCCCAUUAUGAUUUGGCUAUAAGUGUGGCUUUGUGGAGGCGCAAUAACGAUGAUGAGAAGAAUUUAGUUGAGAACAACUACAUAGGAAUUGGAAGUUUACGACAUAUCAGCCAGUACCCUAAUCGUCUGGAAAGAGAAGCAAUGAUUCUUUCUUGCUUUGCUGGAAUGCUUCUGAACAGCUUACCUAUAGAAGACAUUCUGUCUCUGUACAGUUGCAAACCAUCUGCAUCUUACCCUCAUAAUCACAAUAAGGGCAACAUUGUUCACCCAUUCUCCCUCUCUUAUCAUCCAUUUGCUAUGCUUAGUUCAUUCAAAGCAGUAGAGCGCUCAAGAAAACACACCCAGGCGCUGAAACGCUGGAUCAAAGAACACAGUAAACAGAAAGUCUCUGGAGUAACAGAGACACUGGAGUCCUCCUCCUCUUCCAGCUCCUCAUUUAGUGUGAGUGACAGUGAGGACUCUUUAAAAGAUGAAACCGGUCACUAUGAGGGCUCACAAGAAUCUCUGCAGGACUGAAAACAGCAGCUGUCCAACAAGCAAAUAUUCAUU